AUGAAAGCUUUGCUGGAUUCCAGCCAUUUACCAGUGCAUUACCCAACAGAACACAUCUCCCAAGUGACAGCGGCACAGUUGCCAGAGUGCUCACUCAAGACUGUCAAGGCUUUCUUUCCCAAAAUGAUGGAGAUGGACCAUGGUCACUUUGUGACGAUAGCAGGAUCCUUGGGCCUCUUUGCAACAGCUUGUAUGGCAGAUUACUGUGCGAGCAAGUUCGCAGCAGCUGGAUUCCAUGAAGCUCUUAGCCAUAAGCUGAAAGCCAAGCAAAUCAAUGGAGUGAAGACUACCCUGGUGUGCCCCUAUCUUGCAGGCAUGUUCACUGGAUGUAGAAUCAGGCGAAAGCUGGAUGCUCUUCUCUCUCCAUUAAAACCAGAUGACUGUGUGAAGACAGCAAUGAAAGGAAUACUGAAUAAUCAGCCCAUAAUAUGUAUCCCCAGAAUAAUGUACUUUGCAGUAGUUUUAAAACACCUCCUUCCAUGGGAUGUUCAAGUUCUUGUUCACAAGUUUUUGGGUAUUGAUAAAUGCAUGCAUCCAUUCAUUAGAGAAAGGGGCGAAAUGCCAUCUCAUAGCAAAAGGAAGAUGAAGAUUGGUACUUGCAUGGAUUUAUUAACAGCUUCUGGAACACUUUCUUAAUCUAAACUCAGCUGGGAAAACCUGGUGAAUAAACUCACUUCAAUGUAGAAACACUUAAGAUAGCAUCUUAUAUUGAUCCAUACUUUAUCUUUUGGUCUAUGUCUACAGGCUUUCAGGAGAAUUCUGAUGACACCAAGCAUUUAUGUAAUAGCUACUACACACAAGGGGAGGGCUAGAUGAAGGAUAUAAAUACAUGCAUUAGCACUUGAUGCUUAGUUCCUUCACGGCACAUAGGCGCUUCUGAAAAUCCCAUCCUUUAGUCUUUAUGCAUUAAAGCAGGAAGAGAUCAGGUCUUUGA